AAAAGUGGGAAUUUUCAGCAUUUUCUUACGUUUUCGUGAUAAAGAUAAAGGUGAUAAGAACAAUAUCAAGCCAUUUGCAACUCUCGCGGUCGUACCCGUUGGAAAAGUAGACCGAGAAAGUAGAAAACCGUGGAAAACUGCGCCCGCAGAGGAAAAGGAGUUUGCCUUUUGCUUUUUCUUUACCAAAAAAGAAUCCUUUUACAAGCUCCGGGAAGGAAUCAACCAACUCAUAAUCAACCCUAGAGAGCACUAAUUCUGCGUCCAGCAAAAUGGGGGACCGAAACGAUCAAACGCUGAUGGACAAAUCGAUGCGGUCGGUUUUUGUGGGGAACAUACCGUACGAAGCCACGGAGGAGAAACUUAAGGACAUUUUCUGCGAAGUAGGACCCGUUUUGUCACUGAAACUAGUGUUUGAUCGAGAAAGUGGCAAACCGAAAGGCUACGGAUUCUGCGAAUACAAGGAUCAGGAGACAGCGCAGAGUGCGAUGCGAAACCUGAACGGAUACGAGUUCGGCGGCCGUGCGUUGCGUGUUGAUAACGCGUGUACGGAAAAGUCGCGCAUGGAAAUGGCCGCCCUGCUGCAGGGUCCACAGGUGGAGAACCCGUAUGGCGACGAGUGCAGUCCCCAGGAGACGCCCGACAUCAUAGCCAAGAUCGUGACGCGCUUGCAGCCCGACCAGAUGUACGAAAUAAUGCGACAGGCAAAGGUGUGCCUGCAGAAUGAUCCGAGCGAGGCGCGUACCAUGCUACUGGAAAACCCGCAGCUAACCUACGGUUUGCUGCAGGCGGCAGUUGUAAUGAGUAUUAUUGAUGCCAGUGCGGCUCCCUCGUUUCUCCAUCCACGCCAUAACAUGCCACCGGUACUGACGGAGGAGGGCCCGGUUAUGGUCGGUUCAAAUCACAAAGAACAUAUGCACCCGGGAGCUCCUUUCGCUGGCGAGAUGAACCGACAUGAUAAUGGUCCACGAAAAGGGGCCACCUUCCACGACACAGACGAACGGCAUUUACACAAUGAUCGGAUGAGUGGACCACAGGCAAUGCCUAGCAUGGACAUGGAUCUACGAAUGAUGGAUCCGUUUAUGACACACCGGAUGCCGGAGGUACCUUCAGUUGGUCCCAACAUUGCCGACCCAUUUGCACCCGUCGAUCCACGCCAGCAGCGACCCGUUGAUCCGCGAUUAAUGAAAGACCCACGUCUGGAUGGUGCAUCAGGCAGUAAACAGGUGUCGAUUCCGGGACCGCCGACAUCCAUGGAUGCACUAACAGAAAGACCGAACCUGAAACCGAGUACCGCGGAUGCUUCCGAUCAAGAGAAGGCGGCAUUGAUCAUGCAGGUACUGCAGCUUUCCGAUGAACAGAUCGCUUUACUGCCGCAAGAUCAGCGUGCCAGUAUUCUUGUUCUGAAAGAACAGAUAUCCCGCAACACUCAGAAAUAAUCCAGAUUACUAUCUUACGAAAUAAACAGUUUUUAAGUAAUAAACAGUUAAACAUCGACCCUCAUUCAUGAACACAAUGCCACCAAAUUCGACUUUUUCACAAUCGAUGUGUUGCAAGAGGGACGCACAAUGGCCAUGCCGAUUGAUUUCGUGCCCUCAACUACAAAGAACGGUUCCAUUCAAAUCAAACACAGCUAAGCCGCCCCACAAUGCUUAAAGGGCUGUUGGUAACAACAGCUCUCCUUUGCAGACCAUUGAUAGAUGAAUGGAAAAUCGUAUAAUUGGAACAACGCGAACAUGAUCGUAGAACGUGGCCGCAUCCACAUUUAUUCUACAGUCACCAACAGACCUUGGGAGCAGAAGGAAAAUCAAAACGCCUACUUUGUCACAUAAGCGACGCGAUGGACACCGACACAAAAUCUAGUGCUCGAUGAUUACAAAUUCUCACGAGGGGACGUCGCUGUCGCGUUCACAGAAGCAGGAAAAAUGUGUCAAAUGCAUGCCCGCCCCAUACCGGAUUUCGUGCGAAGGUCCUGCGUUGGGUAGCACGGCGAUAAUCAUAGGUUUUGCCAUACGCCCACUUCCGUGGAUGGUAGCUUUCGCAUAAUGGUUUAAAUGAUUUGACACCGGCAAACCGCAUCACGAACAACCGCCGGUGUCACACAUUGUGCACCCUGGCCCUUUGUACCCCUACCCCGCACACA